AUGGCCGGAUUUAUCCUCGGUGCCGGAUCGGGCGUCCUCGCCGGCGCGGCCGUCUACUUCACCCUCGCGAACGACAUCAGGCAGAACACUGCCAUUGCACAGGCAGAACUGACACGCAACUCUGCCCUCCUGCAACACUCGUUCGAGCCCGCCCCGGCAGUCGCCGCCGCUGCCCGCGUCGGCCCCGCAUACCCCACCUCGCAGGACUUUGGCUCGCUCGUCCGUCAACGCUGGAACCAGGUCAUCAGCGGCGCCGUCGCCGGCGUUAGGGACACGGACUGGACGCGUGUCGGAAGCGCAGCGCUUGGUGGUGCGUCCGAGGUCGCUGGUCGGAUAGGUUCGGCGGCGUCGAGCGUGUCCGACAGCGUUGGCGCCGCGACCAACUCGGCCGCCUCGUCGGCACCUGCCACCGCUACGCAGGCUGCGGCGAGCGACAUUGCGGGCGUGGGCGCUGGUGUCAUUGGUGCCGGUGCAGCUGUGGCGGUCCCCACGGACCAGGUGAAGGAGGACAAGAAGAAGUUGGACGCGCUCCGCCGCGACACGGCGGUGGACGCUCCUGCCCGCCCCAGCCCCAAGAUUACCGACGCGCCUAAGCGCCUCGUCUAG